GACGGCCCACACCAGCUAUAUAAAGGGGUGAUGCAACGCGAGAGUUAUAACAGCAACACACAGUGAGAGGAAGAUACUAAAAGAGACAAACCGCCGAAAACUUGAGAUAAGAUAGCAGAAGAAGGUUGAUAUACGACGGCUCAGCAACACACUUUAUCAGAAUGAUGCUUCAGCACCCCGGUCCCACGCUGGCCGACAUCAGCUGCUCCGCCCUGGUGCCCUGCCUAUCACCGCCCGGGACCCUCACCCUGGACGACUUCGCAGACUUCAGCCCCAUCGUGAAGGAGGAGCUCCGCCACGCCAUCCAGAGCAAGCGGCUCUACAGCGGGAUCAGCGUCGACAUGAGCUCCGAUGGAGCCAGCUCCAGCUCGGAAAGGACAGCCGACUACAGCGGCUCGGGAUCCAAGCGAGAGUAUACUCCCGAAGACCAUGAUAGGAGGAAGAGGAGGAGGGAGAGGAACAAGGUUGCAGCUGCCAAGUGCCGCAACAAGAAGAAGGAAAAGACAGACGGCUUACAGCAGGAGUCUGAGAAGCUGGAGGGCGUCAACGCGGACCUCAAGGCCCAGAUCGAGGAGCUCAAGCAGCAGAAGCAGCAGCUGGUCUACAUGCUCAACCUCCACCGGCCCACCUGCAUCGUGAGAGCCCGGAACGGCCAAACCCCGGAGGACGAGAGGAACCUCUUCCUCCAGCACCUCAGGGAGAGCACCGUGACGCUGCACAACAUCACCUCCACCAGCACCGCCUGCUCCUCCUCCACCCACCCCUGCUCCUCCUCGACCAACACCAUCUCCUCCAUUGCAGCGGCCCCUCUGGUGGGGGGACUCAGCCUGGCAGAGGUACAGUGCGGCGGGUUGGACGCCAUGGAGACCAUUCAAAGCUCCUGCCUGCAGCUUUAAGCGAUGGAUGGAUGGAUGGAAGAAUCUAGGACUUCUCUUAGUUUAAAAAAGUAUGAUUCAAUUUGUUGAAAAGCCAAAGUAAACACCAGAAGUUGCUGCUAGCAAGGUAAGAGCUCGGCCGACCGAAUGUUCCCCGGCCCCGACCCUCAGAACAUGCUCAUCACACCGCGACGCUGAGUGUUUCAGCUGAACGGUCAGCCAACAGACAGACAGUCGCAGAAGAAGCGGAGGAGCUCGCCUUCUAGUGGUGGUGGUUGGGACUGCCGAUCAUCAGGGUUUCUUACACACAGAAAACAGACGGUAUCCCUUUCAUCUUUCUAUUUACUGAUGAUUCAUGAACUUAACCGACUUCGGAGGCACAUCUCAUCGCUGUUGAAGCCAAGUUGGUUGUGAAAGUCUGACAGGGACUGCUUGUGCGCCAAACACCACUAGGGUAACAGCUUGCACAUGUGCAUGCGUGUGUAAUCCAAGAUAAAGGCCCUUGUUGUUUCUGAAAAAAUGAUGUACAAUGUGUAAUAUUCAAGUGUGUAUGUAGAUACUGUAUUCGAGUGUUUGUUGACUACCACUGAGUAUCGCCCUCUGCCUUGCCACUGUCACUUAAAACACACAUAGUAACACAUGUUAUGGCUAACACCUCAGGACCUAGAUACAUCAUGUUAUUUCAUUUCUCAUAAUAUUCAAAUGGUCCAGGGUUGCUGUGUCUUAUUCUGUAACAGAUACAGAGAGCAAAGUUCACGUCAUGGAGAAUGGCAACAGCCAUGAAGGACAAGUUCUGAAUUAGGGUUGAUUCAAGUCAAUUUCAUGCAUUGUAUGGACGAAGGUAGCGACUUUAGUACACAACUGUAGCUCUUUAAACCUGGUGUAUUUCUAGGGAGAAAAAAAGACCUAAACCAGGUGCACUGAGAAAAGACAGUGCAGAACCCACUAAGGAUGUAUUACUAGUAAUAUUUUUUUUUAUCAAACUGAAUUCUACUGCUGAACAGCUCUAAAUGUAGGUCAAUGUGUAUAUAUUUCCUGAUGUUGAAAGUACCCAUGCAUAUGCACUUUUCUGUCAUGUAUUUAUAUAAAAGAUAUGCUUGGAAGAAGUGGUCCCUAGAUAACCAUUGCUAGGUAUCUAAAGUGUGGACUGUGGUAUUAAGUGAAUGCCUUUUCAUGUACAUCCACUGUUUUAAGUUGUUAAUGUCUCACGCUAGCUUGUUAUAGCUGAAGCCAGACAAGAGAGCACCAAAAAUAAUUAUUCAGUGCCGAAACCACGGGGACAGAUUACCUUUGCUAAAAUGUUCAAAGGCAGCAACAAAAACACAAUUUAUAGAACAAGUAUGCUAGCAGCCUUAUCGUUCAAGCUUUACAGUUUAAAAAGAAUGAGCACACGUUGGCAAUUGUGGGGACGAUUUGACUUUUUUGAAAGUGUUAAAUCUCAUUAUUUUGUAUCUUUAUUAAACACGUAAUAAUUUGAAUGAAACAAGCCAGGCGCGGGCCGUCUGUACAUGUGAGUUUGUUUGGAUGAGUGUUAUUCAUUAUUUACCACUGACACAGAAGUUAUUUUGAUAUCUACAAAUUAUCCCUUUCUUGUUACUGUUAACAGUAGCAGGCACAAACACAAUUCUAGCUAGCUGAUGUUUAUAUUUAUACUCUGCCCAGUCCGGUUACAUCAGAAGAUUAUGUAAGUUAUUGGUUUUGCUGCUCUGUAAAAGUGUUCGAAAGCUCCAGGUAUCAGGAUAACGAUCAGCUGCGUGCACUUCUGCCUUGCCAUAUUAACUUUCCAUUUUGUUUUGAUACUCCAUUGAAAUAAAUGUUAUCAUGAAGUCCCUGUGUCAUUCCGUUGCUGUUAUUCAAUGCCAGGGAUGACUCAUCAAUUAUAUCUUAUUAGGUUGUGUUGCAUGCAUUGCACCAUAUAUUACAUCAUACAUAACACAUAUAUUGGAUCAGAAUACAUGACAUUGUACUUUCCAAUGUCAUUGUCCUGUGUUUUCUAAGCAGUUCAGUACACUUCUAUAUCUAUCCUUUAUCUUUCCAAUAUGUAUCAUAUGCUUUCCAUAACUUUGCUGAGCAUUACUUCGCCAAAACGAUCCUGAACGUUUCAGUUAAAUGUCUGUGAUAAAACAUAACAGCCCAAAGUCAUUUCGGUAAUGAGCCACCCUUCUAGAAAAUAAACUUACAAAAUCCUAUAUUUUUCGCGGCCCCAGGUCUAUCAUCAAGUUUUUAUGAGGAAGUAGAAGUGAACAACAUGGUAGAAUUUCAUGUUAUCAUGAAACUUGACCUAACAUGCUGGUUCAACAGGGAUCUCGAGGGACAUGCC